AUGAUAAGGGUGCACGUUAUCAACCCACUUUUUAAUAAUUACAUCAAAAAAGUUAUAAAUAUAGUGAAAGAAAAACUAACAAUACUAAAUGUUGGAGUGAAAAUUGGCGGAGAAACUAUCUCAAUGAGACGUUUUACUGAUGAUAUUGUGGUGAUGACAGAGAAUGAAGGUGGCAUACAACGUGCAGUUGAUGAAAUUAAUGAAAUGCUCAGAUCAGAAAUGAAAAUAAAUGGUGCAAAAACGAAGAUCCUAGUCUGCGCUAGAGAUCCGAAAAUAAAAGCUAAUGUAUUUAUAAACAGUCGAAAACUAGAGCAAGUAGAGAAGAUGAUACAUCUAGGGAGCAUGAUCACAUCUGAUAGCAAAAGUAUCCGAAACCUAAAAAACGUACAUCAUUAG